CUUUUCCAGGCAGACGGGCUACGGGGACGAUUUCUGGACGGUUUCUGAUUGAUUUUGGCGCUUUUUACCCAAACUUCAGGGGGACGAAAAGCCUCCACCCACCUCCCUUCUCAUAGGACUUUGCGGACAGAGCGCCCCGACCGCCUCGAGCGCUCGAACAGGGCGCUCUCCAGGAGCCAGGACGGCGUCGGGAACCACACCAUGGCUGCUGGCCGCAAGACCCUUAGGUUUGUUUUCGUCAUCGUCGUGAUUCCGCUGCUGGUCCAAGUUGACUCUGCCACCAUCUCCCGGCAGGAUGAAGUUCCCCCGCCGCCAGUGGCCUCACAGCAACAGAGGCGCAGCCUCGAGGAGAAGUGUUCAGCAGGAUAUCAUAGAUCAGAACCUACUGGAGCCUGUAACGCAUGCAUAAAGGGUGUGGAUUACACCAAUGCUUCCAACAAUUUGCCUUCUUGCAUCGGAUGUGCAGUUUGUAAAUCAGAUGAAGAAAAGAUGAGUCCCUGCACCACGACCAGCAACACAGUGUGUCAGUGCAAAGCAGGAAGUUUCCGCAAUGGCAAUUCCACCGAGAUGUGUCGAAAGUGCAGCACAGGGUGUCCCAGAGGGAUGGUCAUGGUCAAUGAUUGUACGCCCUGGAGUGACAUCAACUGCAGUGCAUCAGCUGCCAGUUCCACGGAGAAAACCGAAGCGGCGGAGGAGACAGUGACCACUAGCCUGGGGACUCCUGCCUCUUCCGGUUACGUCCGACCCAUCUCUGCACACAUCUGCAUCCCUGCAGGGGCCUUCAUCAUGGUGUUUGCGGCUUUUUGAAUUUUAUUUAAGAAGGAACUCAUUUCUUACCUGAAAAGCAUCUGCUCAGGUAGGUGCUGGCUGAGGGUGGGGGCGCUGGACACUGUCUGCCCUGCCCCCUCCCACUCUGUUCCUACAGACAGUAAUCCCCAUCCCUGCCCCUGGUCCAAGUGUCUCCAGCCUGGUUCGAUCUUCCGCCUUGUGAUCGCCCCAUCCCCACAUCCCGUGUAUCCCCCAGGACCCUGGUCUCAUCGCCUCUCUCGGGGCUGGGGGUCCCCUCAUCUCUCAGCCAAGUCUAGGAGGGCAAAGUCAGUUCCUCCCACCUUCAGGCCCAGCCAGGCAGGGGGCAGUCGGCUCCUCAACUGGGUGACAAGGGUCAGGAUGAGAAGUGGUUGUGGGAUUUAUUCAGCUUUGGUAAGAGCAGAACACGGAGAUUUUCCACGUGUUGGUUUUUACUCUAGUUCCCCUUCUCAUCCCCCUUCCUCAGGGUGUCCCCGAAUUGCAAGGCCCUAUUCCUGUCCCCACCCCAGGGCUCCUUGUCCAGUGUCCCUGCCCCCAGCCUACCCCUGCGCCCCGCUGUCCUCUGGGAGGGAGGUGCUGUGUGGGCCCCUCCCUGCCUGCUAAGGAGACUCCUUCUCUUCCAGGUGGUGGAGGAGGCCCCGAACGUGUGCAGAGAGUGAGUUGGUUUCUCCAGAAACUGGGGGCUUCAUGGGUUCAGGAACUGCUUCCCAUCCACUGGCGAGCCCGGGUGGGCACAAUUCCUUGUCCUCAUAGCUGCCCUGACUCUGACGAGGCCUGGGGUAUCUGGGCUGACUGUGGGGGACACAUGGCCAUUUUGAGCAGCACACAGACUGGCGGGCCAUGCUGCAGCCCCAUCCUUCGUGCAGCCUGGGUGACACCAUCACUCCACAGCUGGCCCCGUGGGGAUGGGGUGACCACCUGACCCACCUCUGCAGUGGGUCCUGGAUGUGCUGAGCCUCAGCCGCCUGGGGUGACCUCAUUGGGAGGGAUUGGGGAUGGCAGGUCCAGCUGCCAACUGGGGACCUUGAAGCUGAGCCCUGGGUGUGGACCUGAGUGGGCCGUUUGCCUUCCCAAGGUCUUUUUCUGGUGUUCACGUCCUUCACGAGUUCCUGGGACGGAGGACAAUGCCCGCAACGAGACCCUGAGUACUAGAUUCUUGCAUCCCACCCAGGUCUCUGAGCAGGAAAUCAAAAGUCAGGAGCCGGCAGAGCCAACAGAUCUAACUGUACAGUCACCGGAGGAGCCACAGCGUCUGCUGGUGAGUAGAGGAGGGACUGUGCCAUGCCUGGCCUGCUGCCUGCACAGGACUUUGAGGACAGUGGGAGAUGGCAGUGCCUCCGUUCUCCUGGCCCAAGGGGACAUGAAGCCUUUGGGAGACAGGGGACUGCAGGGGAUGGAGCAGCUGCACUGAGGUGGUGACUGUGCCAGUCUGCAGGACAUCUGCUUCUUAUUCCUUGUCGCCAGAGUCUGGAUCUCCACAGGCAUACAGUGGGUGUCACAGGGUUCAUUGAUAACUGACUAAGGCUGCACAGUCUCCAUCGUGUGCUCCUAACAGAACUCAGGGAGCCCCUGCUUGAAACAGCAGAAGUUUUAAAUGUACUUCAAAAUUCUCACUACACUGCACAUACUUCAUAGUAAAUCUUUGUCCAGAUUUCUGAUCAAGUAUGUAAGGAGGCUUCUGUGAGGAAGUAGGAUUUCUGAGUCAAUGCGUAGAAGUGCUCUUGUAUUACACAAACACACACAUCCAGUUAUUCACUUGGAUUCACCAGUUUUGAUAUGACAUUGAGUAGGUGUCAAAUCUCUUUUUUUUAAGCUUCGAAAGUUCUUUCCUUCAAGAUAAGAUGAUCCUAUCUAAUUUCUUACGGACUUUUAAAGAACGAUUUGGUUUGUAGCAUUCACCAGUGGAAUGUAGGUGCCAUUUCUUUUGCAAUGCUGUGUGAAGGGAGGAACUCUGAAUUAUUCUGAGUCAUUGUCUCUUUCCUCCUCGCCUGUUGAAGAAGUGGUUCUCCUGUUGUUUACUGCUUUUGGUUCCUCUUUGACCACUUGUCAAAUACUCAUCUGGACAAGGAUCACUUUCCACCCAUUUUCUUCCUUUCCUAUAACUACACCGCAUGUUUUUUUUUAAUGAAGUAUAAAAAGGGAAGAAAACAAACAAAAAAUGUCAACAAUUACUCCAUGCUGCUGAACCGCAUUGCACCUUUGUUUUGUAAUUUGUAGAGAUCUGAUCUUGCUAUGUUGCCCAGGCUGGUCUCAAACUCCUGGCCUCAAG